AAUCAUACAUAGGGAAAAAGGAUUAUAGUUCUGAUAUUGGAUCUUAAAAAAAGUAAUGAAAGUUUUUACCUAAAUCGCUGAUCAUCCAACUGAUUCCAGGAAGGGUGAAUCUUUACUGAGACAGAAAGAUAAGCAGUGCCCCUUCUUGUGAGCGGAGAGUUAAACUGCAGAGCCUUAUAACCUUGAAUUAGCAGGUCUGGCCUGGCCUGGAUGCUGCUUUUUCAUGCUAGUUUGGAUAUGAAAUAGUUACAGCCACAGUUUUAUUAUAACUCUCCUCCUCAGGGCCAUUGUUUCAUUUAUUAUGUUGGGGAUCUUCUGGAGUCUCACCUUUAAUUCUCCUUAUCUCUGUGUUGUCAGCAUGCUGUUACUUGGUUAGAUAGCCUUUGUAUAGUCUUUUUUUUUUAAAAAAAAGUAUAAUACCUGUAUCUUAAAAUUGCUUUCAUCGUCAUGUAUAUUGUGUUGCUGCUAGGUACUAAGUCUCCAAGUAAGGGGAAAAUGGGGAAUUUUGUUUUUAGCUAGAUAUAUAAAAAGAGUAUAUAGCUGCAGCUAUAUAUUUUUGCUGGUUUACAUAAAUAAUAAUAAUAACAAUUACGUUGAAGGGAAAAUAGUGUGAGUAGAAUUGCACUCUUAAAGGCUGAGGGCUUUGUUUUCCUUUCAGCUGUCUGAACUUGUUUGACUCUGGCAAUUCCCUUACAAUAAAGCCUGCAAAGCUGUUAUAGAAUAAAGACAUCAAAUGAACAUCACAUGUUUGGCAGAAAGAUUUUUAAAAAAUAAAGAUGUUUUACCCAUUGUUUAUAAAUAAUAUAUACCUACUGUUGAAAAAUGGAAAAUAGAGGAGAAUGAAAGAAAAAGCAUUCUUAAUCUCACUACUCAGACAUUCAGUUCUUUUUUUCUAGUUCCCUACGUUCGGUUUUUAAGAAUCACACCUGUUGUCAAAGCACAUAUACAAUUUUUUAUCCUGUUCUUUUUGUUUAACUUUAGGACAUAAGCAUUUUUCUAUGUUUCACAGACUUCAUGAAGAGAUGCUACUCAUUCUUUUAGUUACUGGGUGCUAAAUGCUUGUUCUUUAAGGUCUGGGUAUAUGGGAGUGAAAAAUAAUCUGGAUUAUAAUUAGGAACUGCAUGUCAUCCUGAAUUUUCAUCUGAAUCUGAAGCUAAAUCAUUUCCCAGGUAGUCCCUCAUUUCAAGUCAAAGCAGUAAUACUAGUUGAUUUUAUUAUGCAUUGAUGCUAACUUUGCAUGGAUCAGAAAAAUCAGAUCACUCUGCUUAGGAGUGCGUCAGUCAGCUAAAGUGCUGGUCUGGAUAGGGUCUGAAGAGGAGGGCAGAGCAGGCAUUGUGUGGCUGGUAUGCUUGGUUCCUGCACAGGGAGUGUUUACCAGAGAGUGGGGCAGGGUUCACGGCAAGGUAUCUCACAAGAGACUUAGUCACUCACAGUGCACGUGAUUAGGGCCUCGUCCUCACAGAGGACUGAACUAAUGAGAAUCUAAAGAUUGUAAAUGGCAUGGGGUUGAGAUACAGGAAGAAGAAUUUGAUUUACUUUAUCAGUCAGUGAUGUCCAACUGCCUCUCCUCAACGUCUUCCCAAAUCAAUCUUCAGAUGCUCAGGCAUAGAUGUGCACCACCUGUGCUUAAGUCCUGCUGCUCUGCAGCUGACAGCCUAUAUAAUUUGGACUAAUUCCUUAACCUUUCUGUGCUCCAUUCUCCUCAUCUGUUAAGAUAUUAGUGCUGCUGAUUUCCUGUGAUUACAUGAAACACUGUCAGAACAAUGCCUGGCAUGUAAAAUAAGCUCUUGAUAAGUCUAGCUAGUUAUUAUCUACCUUGUAUGACUGAGUUUGUAUAUACUGCCAAAGUUCCUGAGUGCUGAACUUGUCAGAUAAGUUUAGAUGUUUAGAUGGCAUUAGUGCAGGUAUGUUAUUUUCUGAUUGCACACUGACCUGGUAUUGUGAAGAUGGGCCACUGCUUAGGUAUUAGGAGCUAUUCAUGAUCAUAUUUCUGAAAACAGCCAAAUAUUGACAGACUUGGUCUUAAGUCUGGAUCUGUCUCCAAAACCUUUUCCCCUAAAGCACACUGUUUCAGUAAAGUGUUCUCAUCCCCUUACCUUAUCCACUUGCUCUAGCCUAGUGUGAGGGCCUUUUUUUUUUAAGCUUAUAUUGAACUAUGACAGAAAAGUAUACAUAUUUUGCUUGCUGUGUGUUCACAGCACCAGCACCCAGAUCAAGAAACAGUAGUUUCCCAGCACCCAGUAAUAUUUUUGUAUCUCCUUCUGGGGGUCAUUUUGAAAACUACUGCUAGAAAGGCUUGUGAUCAGUUGCUCAUAGGUGUGAAAAAGGCACUAUGGGAGAGGGAAUUUUACACCCUAAGACAAGGAUCAGCUGUGGCUGCGGCUGUGGAUCACGAGCCCUGCCACUCCCUCCCCUCCGUUUAUUCUUCCUUUUUUUUCUCAUUAAGGUAAUGUGAAUAGGCAGAUAGAAUUUCUUUAUAGAAAGAUUUGUUAGAUGAGAAUAAUUGGGCUGGACUUUUUAGGGAACUAUGUUAGGAACUUCCUUUUACUCUCAGCAAACCUACCUUUCUCAGUUGUGGCUUUUGAUGUUUCCUUACACACAGUGAUCACAGUUUUGUUUUUCCUUGUUUGUUUCUUUAAUUGCCUGAACAGUGUGAAGUCAAAGGAAUACAGAAAUUAAUAAAUACUUACCUUGAAACUUCCCUGACUUUAAUUCUUCCAACUCUAAAUCAGACCUGGGAAUUGAUUUUUCCUCAGAUGCCAAAUCUUUUUGAUUGGAGGAGGGUCACUGGGAUGCUGCAUUGGAAGGGUUUGGAAAGGAGUCUAGGCACAACAGGAAGCUAUUCUCGUUGCUGAGAGGUUUUUCCCAUGGGCAAAAGAGAUUGGACUGGUGUCUUGAGCACCAGGUAUUUGCCUUGUAUGAUCUAAGUGAUACAUAGGCUGUUUCUUGACUCGUACUUAUCAGCACUCUUCUCUAGAAUGACUCUCAAUACCUGGGCUGUGAGAUUGGAAAUAGAACAACUACAGCUUAAAAAGUUGAAAUAUUAGUUUCCCUUACAUAUGUCAUGUGGAUUCAUAAUACUUCCAUACUUCUCUGAUCCCCCUUCCAACAUCUGACAAAGUUCAUCUGUACUGUGGGAGUAUCUGUAGUGGCAUCAGUACUUCCAGUCAACAUAUUGAGCCACAGGUGGAGUGUGGGGUCCAGUCAGUGAUAGCAGAUACUUUUCUAAAUGUACAAACAUGGCUGAACUGUGUGAAGGAAAUAGAGACCCUGAGUAGGGUUUUAAACAGGGUCAGUGGUACAUUUUAAUAUGUAUAUUAUUUAAUAUCUAAGAGUAGAGUAUCCAUUAUGAUAAUGAGUAAUAGUGUCAGUAUGACUCCAUUUUGGAAAAGAGAAGAUGGAGAAAGGAGAUUGGAUUGCGUAGAGAACAGAAUUUUGGCCACCGAAGGUCUAAAGAUACCUUUCUUCUAGCUACUCUAUGAGCUUCACCAAUAUCUCAGAAGAAUGGUUGUGAUAUUAUUAUUUGUUUUUCCAUUGACUGAAGAAAUUUUAAAACUUCCAUUUAAAUAUAAGGAAAUUUGUGGAGCCAUAUAGAGGCACCCCUUUUAAGUACAUGGUUGUGGUUUGAUAUCCAUCUCUAUUACAUUUUAUCAGAUUUUGAACUGUGGAAUUAAGGGUCACUAGGGGAGGAAGAGAGGAAAUUUCAUUUUCACUUUUAAAAAGUCUUUAAGUUCUUUCUGUUAAGAUUCCACAUGAGUCACACUGACACAAGAUGUUAAAGCUUCUAAAGAAACUUUUGCUGUAGUCAGAGAGAAAGAUUGAGUGUGUGUAUUUGAGAACAAGCACAUCCAUCAGGCUGUUAAGCACACUGCUUAGUGCAGGUAGAUUCAUAUCCUGGUUUUAAUGUAAAUAUUUAAUGUUAUUAAAUCAACAAAAGUUAACUUACAUGAGUAAGACCUAUAUGAAGUACAAAGAUGAAUGUCAAGACCCAGUUUUUAUACUCAAAGUUUAACUUAUGAUCUAGUUAGAAUCAGAAGGGAUGUGCACUACUCUCUGCAAAGCAAUUAUGUAUUAAAUGUUAAAAGUAUGGUUUAAAAAUAUUUUAGAAAUUCAAGGGAGAAAAAAAUCUUCCAGCCCAGAAAGUCUUCUUGGGAAAGAUGGAAUGUUUACCAAGGAAGUGGUUCUCAACUGUAUGGUUCACAGGCCAGCUGCAAGAGCCUUGUGGGAGCUUGUUAGAAAUGUAAAUUCUCAGAGUCCACCCCAGAACUGCUGAAUCAGAAACCCUGGGACAAGGCCCAGCAGUUUGUGUUCAUAAGCCUGCUGGUGUUUGAGUGCUGUGCUACCAAGGAAAUGGUGGCUAAAAGGUGUGCUGACUGAAUUUAGGGAGAAACAAGGACUGGGACCUGGUAAGUGUUUAGUUAAAGAUGGCUGGCUGAAUGAAGGAAUCACACAGAAAUGGUUUAGAGUUUCCUAUGCCAUUCGCUUUAGUUUUUGUUGAAGAGAAUUCUUUCCCAAUGCAGUUUGAUUUUAAUUUUAUCCAAAUGUCUUUUGUAACCAUGUUGCCAUUUUCAUCUCACAUUAUUCUGAUCCUUUAAAAUAUUUGCAUCAUCUGAAUAGGGGAUAAAAUUUGCAUUUUUUGUAACAGUAUUUACAGCCUUUGGAAAAUGUAAAAUAUCAGAAUGAUUGAACAGCUUUGUGGCCAUCUACUAGGUAAAUGUAUGCACAGAAUACAUGUUUUAAAAGAGGGUUUUAUGUCCUUUCAUCAUGUCCUAGAUAAAUGUCUUUUAGAGAUCAAAGUUUUAAAAGUGAAAUUCAUUUUUUUUAUACAUAAAAUAUAGAAUGUGUUCCCCUGGCAUUGCCUCUACAUAUUUUACAAACUUAAGUUAUUUUGGCAUUUUAAAGCACCCACCCUAUCAACAUUGAACUAUACUUCCAUUUCUCCUAUGGUUUUAGAGGCACUGAGCCCCAGGUGGACUGGAGACGUUGACUGGGGGCCUCCUUGGGCUGCGGGUUGGGUUGGCGUGAUGAUGGUGGAAGGACGCUUGACCACAGUCUGUGCUCAUCAGGCCACCCUGGGCCUGAAAUGGAAAAAUCAUAGGGCCUCCGUGAGUAAUCUUCUGAUUCUCUGUUAAAAAGAUAAAGUGAUUUUUUUAAAGACAGUUCUAAGGAGAAAAGGAACCCAAAUUAAACUGUGGUCAUGCAGUUAAGCUUUAAAACUCAAAAAUGUGCUCACUGUCCUGGAAAAAUAAAUUCAUUUUCUGCUGCUCUGGUUUUAUUUUGGCACUGUCCACUUAGCAUGUGCCACAGAGAGAAAUCUCGUUGUCGUUGUAGGUGUGUUGUGAUCUUCACUUCUCAGGAGGGUGUAUUUAAGAUCUUUUCUGGUUUGUUAUAAAGGAACGUUAGGGUCACAUUAUAAUAAAGACUUCAGGUAAUUAAGGUCCCUGCUGUGGUGUCAUUAGAUUUUUCUCACACUUGUAGAGUGAAGUAUCUGGCUGCCAUGUGUAAAGAUACAUUUAGAACCUCCUGAACUAAAGACCCAGCCAAGGUUUGUCAGACUUCAGGGACCUGCUAAUGUUUUCUUCAGCCAAAUUCAAGGCUGAGGAAAAGGAAAAGGAAUUGGGACAAUCCCUUAUAGUUUUUUUGUAUCAAGAUUUGACCUGUGUUUUAGGAUCUUAUGAUUUUUAUUGUUUCUAAAAGAAAAAUUAUUUUUUUCCAUGAAUUCACAAUACUGUGGAAAAAUCAUAUUUUUUCUGUGGCAUUAUUCUCAUUUUACAGAUGUGUGUUCAUGUCAGAAGCCAGAAUUGAACUGCUUUUGUCCUUGGGUUCUGGUAGUUUAGGGUUUUCUUGGCUUUAAUAUGCUCAGUAAUCAAGUAUUCAGUGCAAGGGUUUUGAGAGAUUUUGGCUUCUCGUUUAUUGUUUUCUUACUAUUAUGUAUGUAUUAGUAUUAAAUAUAUAUAUAUAUAUAUAUAUUUUGUAUUAAAGCAAGGAUGUGUCCCUACUCUUCCUCCCUGGCAUGACCUCCUAUGCACUAAGCCCUACAUUUGUCUGUUGUAACCAUAUCUCUCACUUGCUAUAGGUAGAAUUUUGCAAAGUUGCAGAGUAAAGACUUGUCAGCUGACACUUGCUCACAUGAAAGCCAUUAAGAGGGUGAUGUGGCCAAUGUCACAACAACCUUGCAGCUGAAGGCAAGUUGCUGCAUUUACCCAGAGCCAUAUGAAUAGGUCUUGUGACCGAUUAAUUGACUACUGCGUAAACUCCAACAGGGGAGCACAGAUGGAGUGAGUCAGUCCAAGCUGCUCAACCUGUUGAGUGUUUUGUCUUUUGCCAACCAGAGUACAAGCUUAGGAACAAAAGUAGGAAGUGAGAUUUGGACUUGUCUGUUUAUAAUGGGUUUGCUGAGAGCAUGUUCUAUAACGUGAUGGAUGCAUCUGACUUCCUAAAUCUUUGGCAGGCUUAAUUUACGUAACACAUGAAUGUUCCCUUUUUUCUUUUUCUUUUCUUUUCUUUUUUUUUUUUUAACUUUUAAAAGAGGAAAUUAGUAGGCUGCUGCCAAGUAGCUUGUCUCACCUACUGUAUCAGCAGUGCAGGGAUCAUUUAGGACGGCUGGCCAUUGUGGAAUAUCCCUCAAACAACCAAGGAUCUUCAGCGCUUGUGUCCAAGUCCAUGCUGAUAGUCGGGAUAAACCAGAAGAAGGUCAAACGGCUCGGGAUGUGCGGCGGCACAGCGAACACCCCAAACCGGCCAGGGGGCUGGCAGAAUUCAGCCAGAUGUGUGAGUGAUGCCGUUUCUGGAGCUGGGAGGACUUACAAGACACUGUUAUGCACAAAGAUUCGAAAAUGUGCCAGGGUAGGAAGGGGCACAGAUCACACGGAACUGGACAACAGUUGGUCAUGUUCAGAGUUUGACCUGAAUGAGAUUCGCCUGAUAGUUUACCAGGACUGUGAAAGGAGGGGCAGACAAGUCCUGUUUGAUUCUAAAGCUGUUCACAAGAUUGAAGAGGUGGCAGCUCAGGAAAUGGAGGAUGUCCCUAUUAAGACGCCAGCCAAGUGCUGUCAUGGCAGCAGCAGCGGGAGCAGCUUCUCUUCCCACAGUUCUGGAGGGUCUUCACAACAUGCAAAGGAGCAGCUUCCAAAGUACCAGUACACAAGACCAGCUUCUGAUGUCAACAUGCUGGGGGAAAUGAUGUUCGGCUCUGUCGCCAUGAGUUACCAAGGCUCCACCUUGAAGAUACACUACAUACGUUCUCCUCCACAACUGAUGAUUAGUAAAGUCUUCUCUGCCAGAAUGGGCAGCUUCUGUGGGAGUACAAACAACUUGCAGGACAGCUUUGAAUACAUCAACCAGGAUCCUAAUUUGGGAAAACUGAACACAAAUCAGAAUAAUUUGGGUCCUUGUCGUACCGGAAGUAACCUAGGCCUGCUGCAAGCGUGCAGCAGCAGACUGCUGCCGGGGGUGGCUGACGGAGGACCUCUCCGGCUCACCCGGAGUGCUUCUUUCUUCGCAGCACAUAGUACUCCAGUUGACAUGCCAAGCAGAGGACAGAAUGAAGAUAGGGACAGUGGCAUUGCUCGAUCAGCCUCACUAAGCAGCCUUUUGAUUACACCCUUCCCAUCGCCAAGCUCCUCUACAUCCUCUUCCAGCAGUUACCAGCGCCGCUGGCUUCGAAGUCAGACAACAAGUUUGGAAAAUGGCAUCAUUCCGAGGAGGUCAACUGAUGAGACAUUCAGUUUAGUUGAAGAAACCUGUAGUUCUAAUCCAGCCAUAGUUCGGAGGAAGAAAAUCGCCAUAAGCAUCAUCUUUUCCCUGUGUGAGCUAGAAGAAGCACAAAGGAAUUUCCAGGACUUCUUCUUUUCUCAUUUCCCCCUGUUUGAAUCUCACUUGAACAGGCUGAAGAGUGCAAUUGAAAAGGCUAUGAUCUCCUGUAGGAAGAUAGCAGAGUCUAGUCUCCGUGUGCAGUUUUAUGUCAGCCGUCUGAUGGAAGCUCUGGGAGAAUUCAGAGGGACUAUUUGGAACUUAUAUUCUGUUCCCAGGAUAGCUGAACCCAUAUGGCUUACUAUGAUGUCCAGUACUUUGGAAAAAACUCAGCUCUGCCAGCGCUUUCUCAAGGAGUUUACAUUUCUGAUAGAACAGAUCAACAAAAACCAGUUUUUUGCUGCCUUACUGACUGCAGUGUUAACCUACCACCUGGCCUGGGUACCGACUGUCAUGCCUGUUGAUCACCCUCCCAUUAAAGCCUUCUCAGAGAAACGCACCUCUCAGUCAGUGAACACGCUGGCCAAAACACAUCCAUAUAAUCCUCUCUGGGCACAGCUGGGCGAUCUUUAUGGAGCCAUUGGCUCUCCAGUGCGUCUGACUCGCACCAUAGUGGUGGGGAAGCAGAAGGAUUUGGUCCAGCGCAUCCUUUAUGUUCUGACCUACUUUCUCCGUUGCUCUGAGCUGCAAGAGAACCAGCUGACCUGGAGUGGGAAUCACGGUGAAGGUGAACAAGUGUUAAAUGGGAGCAACAUCACGACAGCCUUGGAGAGGGGAGAGGUGGAGGAGUCUGAGUAUGUGGUAGUCACCGUGAGAAGUGAGCCUGCCCUCCUUCCCGCUGUCCUGCCACCAGCUCUGGCUGAGGGAUGGAGCUCUGGACCUGAGAGGCCGGCUGCGGCCCCUGAGGGCACUGACAUUAGAGGCCUGUGGUCCAAACCUAACAAAGAAGGGAACCAGAGGCUAGAUCAGAAUUCUGAAGCCUGCAGUAUGAGGGUCCAGGAGCCAGCGACGGACAGCUCCUGGGAACCUCAGGGUGCUUUUUGCGGGGAUGAAAAAAGUAAAAAUGAGGCCCCACAAGGCAGCCCUUCAACACUCUCCAGGUAUGAAGGUUUGGGGGCAGGACUGAAGGUCAGCCAGCGGACUGUCGGUGAGGAGUUGAUGGGGGCGAUGCCUAAGAAGCCCCUGGAGCGGUCCGCGGCGUGGCCCUGCCCUGACAGACAUCCCCGGGAGAGGCCUCCCUUACAAAAGGUCACUUUCCAAAUUGGAAGCUCCGUAUCUCCAGAGUCUGACUUUGAGAGCCGCACCAACACGAUGGAGGAGCGGCUCACAGCCUGUAGACAGUAUCCAGAGCCAGCAAGUUGCCCCUCGGCCGCCAGCAGGGAGGCCGCUGCCCCGGCUCGGGACCAGCGGGUUUCCGGGCGCCCCCUCCCACCUGGCCCCCGCAGGAAUGUCCGCGGUCCUCAGAGUCAGUCUCCUGAUGGGGGUGCGGGUGCAUUUGGGAAGGGUUUCCCUGGGGACAGAGGCAGCAGGACAGAGGCUGCAGCGGGUGCUGCCGGGCAGCUCGGCCGGUGUGCGGAGCCGCGUGCGCCUCGCGGCGGUGUGGCGGGACCGGGGGUGAGCGGGCCGGAGAGGGCGGCAGAUCUGCGUCUGAAGGCGGCGGAAGGCGCUCCCACAGAGCCGGUGCCCGGCGGCCGGGCACAGCAGGCUUCUGGCCUCUCUGCUGCCGCCGGGGGGGCCGCCGCCGGGAAGGCCGACUUCAGGGCUGCAGGAGACCUUCCCAGAAACGAAAGCUCGGACAGCGCCCUUGGAGACAGUGACGACGAAGCAUGUGCUUCUGCCGCGCGGAACCUCGGGCCCAGCGGUGACGGCACAGAAGGAGCCUUGGAGGUGGAGCUCCCUCUGCCCAGGUCUCAGAGCAUCAGCAACCUGAAUGUAAGAAACUUUGGCCGCUCACUUCUGGCAGGUUACUGCCCCACAUACAUGCCUGAUCUGGUGCUUCAUGGGACCAGCAAUGAUGAGAAGCUGAAGCAGUGCCUGGUGGCUGAUCUGGUCCACACGGUUCAUCACCCAGUGCUUGAUGAGCCAAUAGCUGAAGCCGUCUGUAUCAUCGCAGACACAGAUAAGUGGACUGUCCAGGUAGCCACAAGUCAGAGGAAAAUGGUGGACAACAUGAAACUGGGCCAGGAUGUCUUGGUCUCUAGUCAGGUGUCCAGUUUACUUCAAUCCUUGUUACAGCUUUACAAGCUUCACCUCCCUGCUGAUUUUUGCAUCAUGCAUCUUGAAGAUCGACUACAGGAGAUGUACCUUAAAAGUAAGAUGCUGUCUGAAUAUCUUCGUGGACACACACGAGUUCAUGUGAAAGAAUUAGGUGUCGUGCUGGGGAUCGAAUCGAACGACCUGCCUCUCCUGACCGCUGUUGCCAGUACUCAUUCGCCGUAUGUCGCUCAAAUACUCUUGUAAGCCAACACUCAGGACGGUUCUUCCUCGGAAGAAGAAAAAUCGGAUUCUCAACUGAAGGAGAAAGGACUGUGCUCUCUAGGACGUCAGAAGCAUAAGAACAGCAAACAAACAAGAAGCAGGCAUUCCACCUCUCUGGUUUGUUUUUUUGCUUUCAAGUGGAUGCUUCAUUGGAAGGCUUAGGUUUGCUUGACAUAAUGGCCUUUGUGUUUUUCAUGAACACUUUAGGCCUUUUGUUACCCAUGAAUCAACAGAGAGAGUGACCUUUUUGAUAGGAGGAAGCAUAAGCACUACACUGAACACUAAGCUGUUGGCACAGAUGCCGCGUGUGCUCAGCAGCAUACGGACAAGGGACUCUGCAGCCGGGAAGAAACGGUGUACAGACCAUUCCAGGAAGAAAAUGUUUCAGAGUUGAAGCAUGAGCUCUCCAAACUGCAGAAAACCUGUUUUGCUAUUCCAGGAAGACUGUCAGAACAAGGACUGUGGAUUUCCAGGUCAGAGUUUGCUUUUUACAAGAAGUGAAAUAAAUAGUCACAUUGUGCCAUCUUCAGCUCCGGUGGCUGUAGGAGCUCCUUCUGACAUAGGAGAGAGGAUUGCCUGUUGGGGAGAGAGUACUUUAGGGACCCAGUGUUUUCACAUCUUCUCAGAGUUUACCUUGUUUCAGAUGCAGCCGCAGGUAGGUUAGAGAUGGAUCAUUGGUGCAAUAAACCCAAGAAUCAAUGUAGCAUCUUAUCUUACAAAGAUGUAGUUUGUAGUAGCAAAGUGCACCGUCUGAGAACCGUAUGUUUUAUCCUUGUACUUCAGAGCUUUCAGCAGCAGCCUCUGUAAGAGAGGCCAUUUACCAAAGUUAUUUCUAUAAGCUCAAGAGUGUUUUUGUUGCUGAAUUCUUCUAGCCGAAGCCACUUUCUUCCUAUAAAAAGUCAAUACAAAUGACUAUUUAUACUUUAAAAGGCACAGCUGUCCUGGUGGGAAAUGAAACCUGCAACAGUUCAGGAUGACCAGUGAAAGUAAUUAGUUUGAACAUUUACAAAUAAUCCAUAUAUGAUCUAAAUUUUUACAUUAUCAUCUCUGUGCCUUCUGAUCCUUAUGACCUUUCCAGAACACCUUUCCAUAAAUGAAUUUACGCAUCAUAAAACCUUCCAAAAUGAGGAAUUGUUUAUCUGCAUAGUUCACUUUGAAAAAAACCUUGAUUUUCUAUUAAUAUAAAAGAAACUUUGCUUAGUUUACAAACCAUGAACUAUAACCAUGUCAGAUUAUGUACUGGCAUCCAGGGAAAAGGAAAAGAUUUUUUAAAAAUUGAUAGUUAAAAGACAGGAGCUAAUCUAGUAAAGCAAAACACUGCUAGCACCUUUCAGAUCUUGAGUACAGCUAGUGAUAACUAGGUUCUGAUUUCCUUUCACUGUUAUGAAUUAAUUCCAGUCCUUUCCAUGUAUCCUUUGUACCUAAGAAUAUGAAGUAGCUUCUGUUACAAGGAUUGGGAUGACUAUAAGAUUUUUGUAUUUGAUAAAAUCCUGAUUUUAAACACCAAAUUAUGUUAGUUUGUCGGUAUUUUAAAAAUGCAAGGUCAUUAUUUGAAAGAGUAUAGCUGCAGUACCAAUGGAGAAAAACUGGUGUAUUAUUUCUUAGGAAUAGAUCAGAACGGCUACCCUUCCCCUCUCUCUCUCUCUGUGAUGUGAAAUGCAGAUGGGUAUGUUAGGACUCUCAAGAUUUGUAAUUUUUAUUUUAUGUCUUUCAUAAAAUUGAAGUUUUCUAUUCUUAUAUUUUUCUAUUUUGUCUAACAUCUGAGUUGGCUGUUUAAAUUCUCUAGUUCCAUGAUGUCAUUGCUGGUUGUCCUCACACACAGAGAAUGAACCUCACCUACGGCUCUGCUCAUUCAUUUGUUUUCUACUACAUGUGAAUAAAUUGUAAUAGCUGAUGCUACAUUGUUUCCAUCUGUACUGGUUUAGAGCAUUCCCCUCACCUCUAGUUCCCUUUUCCUUGUUUACCAGUUUGGGGCACUUUCCCUAGCUUCCCUUACUUCCCACCAUAAAGUACCUAGAUACAAAAUCUCCAUUCUAAUGUGUACACACUGUUGAAAAUUAGACCUGUAGAGGGGGAAAUCGAGCUUUAAAUGCCUGAUUCUAAACUCCAUACAAAAAAGAUUUAGCCUAGCUCCCCAGAGCCUGAGAAACAUAAUUUGCCUCUUGAUCUACUAUUUCAAAACUCUCUCUUGGAAAAUGUCUGUUGGAAAACUAUAGGUGGGUCAUGUGUGGGGGUUGUCUCAGUGACACUCAGGAUUCCAAUCAGAACCUAACCCUCACAUCUACUGCCUAUGAAAACAGACCAAGAAUGUUGCUGCCCUUUCAUAAUCCUCCUUUAAAUAACAUUCAAGUUUUAUCUGAAAUUCAGCUCUUCCCAAAAGUGGAAAAGAAAAAAAAAUCUCAUGGAAUUGUGUUGCGAUACACCCACUCACACACCGUACACACCUAGUGGCUUCAUUCUGUCUUAGCCCAAGAGGAAGGAAAGGGGUCCCACCCUCUCCCAGGCCCACCUCAAAAAAAAUAUAUAUAUAUAUAUAUAUAUAUAUAUAAAAUUUUUAAAAAUAGAGAAAACUACCUCAGUUGACAGGAUUCCACCUUUAGGGUUUCUUCAACUUUGAAGUCUUAACCUGUUGAGUGUCGCUUUUGUAGCAUCUUGCUUUUCUAAGCAAGCUAGUGAGGCAUGUCAGAGCGGAGGUGUGUAGUGUUAUUGUGAUGGACCUCUUUCUAGCAUGUUGCAGUUUUAUUUUCAAUAGCUUGAUGAGUGAUAUGAAUGUAAAGAUAAUUGUGUACAUUUAAACAUGACAAUGAAAAUUUUAAAUGUAGCUUCCAUAACUGUGCAUAAUUCCAAAGUAUUUUAUUUUUAUCAGUGUUAAAUAGCUUUUUGUACAGGCUUCAAUCCAUUUUUCUGAAGUGUGCUGUUUUUUAAUGAAAGUAACUAUAAUCUUUUCACAUCCCAUGGAACUGCUGUUUACACAUCACAACUUUUUAAACUUACCAUGUUUUUCAAAAUUAACUUUUUUGGAGGGAGGAAAAUUCCCGCUUGCUAAAUGAUACUAAACUGUUCAUGAGGUUCUUAUAAUUAGGUCCUAAGAUUUUAUAAAAAUCUUGUCUGUAGCUUUUUAGGUUCUUCACUAGAGUUGCUUAUACAUAAAAAUAAAGAAUAUAAAGUGACCCCAAAAUUAUUUUAAAUGUUUGGAUUUUUCCACUAAUAUGUACUUUUGAAAAUAUUUUGUUCCUGCAUACUUUCACCAUUAAAUUGAAAAAGUCUUCAACUUCUCAUGAUAAAUGUGAACAUUUGUUUUUUAUUGUGCUUGGGGGAGGGUAUAUUUUAAUAUAUUUGCCUAAAUCAAACAGCGCCCUUUGAAUGUUAAUUUUUAAAUAUCAAAAUUUGGUGAACCAUGUAUCUUGGAAGCAAGAUUACAAUAUGCUUAAAUAUAAGUGGUGUUUAAAAAAGGAGAAAACUCUGGGAUUUGUUAAUUGAAGCUCCUCCAUUAAGACCAAUUGAUAGGACUCUAUAUUUUUGAUCAGUUAAAUAGAUAUCAAUGCCAAUGUAUGGAAAAUUUUUCUUAAAACUUGUUCAUGUAUUAUUUUGAUCCAUUUUUCUGUGGCAUUUGGUGCAAUAAACCUUUCAAAUUCAUCUUGAA